GUCAGAAUGGAGAGUUUGAGGGAAGCGCAGAAUCAAAUCUGGGAAAUGGUAAGUGCCCACAUUGGAGUAAUUUUCUUUCUUUGGAAGUUGCGUUUUGAUUUAAUUUUCUUUGUAAAUUGUUUAAAAUACCGCAAUAUUAAAUAAUCGAAAAGCCCACGAUACCCUCAAGUUUUAUUACAUCUACAAUAUAACCAGUAUACGAUAACUGCUCGUUCUUUUGUUACAGAUCGGUUAAUUGAUUACACUAGCGACAGCGAGCUCAAUUUUCAAAUAGUCGAAGGUUCAGGGACAGGAAUAGGAAUAGGAACAGUUAGACGGAAAACAGCUGACUGUGUAUUGCUGAAUCUGCCCUCGAUUGGAUUCAAUUUUAAAGGAAAAGACUUCACAAGAGCUUAUGUAAGAACAAGCACACAGUUUUAUUUGUUACUGAUUUGGGAACAAAUAUUGUAAGAUGUUUUAAAAGUUAAUUCCUCAAUACUCAAUUCCUGCUGAGAUUUUGCUGAAACUUUCUUAGCUUAAUGUUUAUGACAUGCUUAUAAUAAAAUCGGGAAAAGUGAUAUGGUUGAGAACGUUUAGAAGACUGACAAGCAAACGUUCAUUUAACACGAAGUAUUAUUAAUUGGCCAACAUUGAACGCAAGAUCGCGUUGUGGCGUGCAUGAUGUGUUGCUGUAACAACACGAUAUUUUUCUUUUUAAAUAUUUUUUUACAAAACGGCAAAAAUUAACGCGAACUAGUUGAAAGGUUAAUACUUUUAACUAUACAACAAUAUGAGCUUUGCGGAUUUAAUGUAAAAUUUAAUCUUUACUGUCUUUCCAAUUGAAGUGUUGCUCAAAUAUUGAUUCAAUACAUUACCUCGGGCUGACCAAUUCAUUUGAUCAAGUUCCUCGAGAUAUUCAUACACUUCCUAGUAUAAUUGUAAACUUCCUGUUGAAUAGUUUGAAUGCACCAAUCACCUUUGUUGUUUGUGCAACUAACCAAUCAUAAAUAGAAAGGAAGUGACCAGAAAUGAUCAAAUACUUGGAAUUGGCUCUUUCACAGGAAGUGUAUGAAUAUCUCGAGGAACUUGAUCAAAUGAAUUAAUCAGCCCGAGGUAAUGUAUUGAAUCAAUAUUUGAGCAACACUUCAAUUAUAUUGGAACGACAGUAAACGCUUCGUAAAAUGAUAUAGGUAUAGCCUAAUAUCUAUAUCUAGUGAACUUAAGUCUUUACCUUUUUUAAAUAUAGAAAUUUAUUGUUGUUUUGUCGGAACCAUUAGCAACUCUGAAAUGCCAAUAUAUCUAAAUGUAAUUGUCACAUGAAGUGCUAUUGCACUAUCCAAAAUUUGGUGCUUUCUUUACCCAGUGCACGAUUUUCUGAACAGGAGCAAUGGGCUAUAGCAAGGAGUAAAGCAAUCCCGACCAAUACUGCUUCGUCUAUCCCGAAACCGCAACAAAUUAGGGAUUACUAUUAAUAGGCAAAUCUAACGAUUAUUUUAAUUCUGUGUAGCAGGCCAUGCAGUAUCCCCUAUCCUUCAGAUACAUCACUGUGCAGAUGAUUUAGAUCUCCAUCAAAGGCUAAUUUUUUUUUUCUGGAUCCCAUAUUUUUUUAAAGCAUAUAUUUAACCUUAGUAUGGUCUAAUUAUUUACAUAUAUAUAGCAAGGGAACACUAAAUUUUUUAAAGUUUUUCUAUGCUGAGCAUAUUAAAGUAGAAGUAAAAAAUGACCGAUGAAAGAAAAAGCUUGGGAACUGAAAAAGUAACUAGGGAUGCAAUUGUCAUACAACACCAUACAAUAGGUUACACAUGCAGUCAUAUAUAUAUAUAUAUAUAUAUAUCCAUUAUGCCAAGUGUCAAUUUAAUCGGUAAUCGAUGCGUACAAUUGCAUGCUGUCCAAUUCCAGGAACUUAUAUGCACUUUAUUUUUCAGGUAUGCGCGAAUGGAUUAGUAAAAUUUGAGUCGCGCAUUUACGAAGUAAAUCCUCGGAAUUUUGGUACCUAUAGGGGGCAGUCUAGUGAUUCUGCUUGUCUUGCACCAUACUGGUCAUUUGUUAACUUAGACUACUUUCAAAGUGGACAAUCAAAGGUGUUUUAUCGUAAAUACGAAGAUUCAAAUAACGACUUUCGUGGCGUGUUUACCAAGGCUAGGGACUUUGGCAGAACAAUAUUAAGCGAAUCAGGGUACAAUCCGUUUUGGGUAACGGUCAUAACCUGGGUGGAUUUGCGACCGAAACAACCUGGGGAUGUUACUUAUGGUGGGGUAAGUGAACUGAAUUAUUCAUUAAACUCUUUUUUGUUUGCCCAUAAUUAGACCAGGACAGUAUCGUCCUGGGGCCGGUUGUAUAAAAAAGUGAUUAAAGUUAACUAUAGUUAGUGGAAACGUCAUCCAAUAAGAAGCGCGUAUUUGAUAGUUAAUCACUAUUUAACUACAAAAUAGUGAUUAAAAAAGUGAUCAAGAGUUUUAUACAACCGGCCCCUGGUCUUUAUGCUAACGACUUUGAAGAUUCGCAUUGUCGCAUCUUUGGUUUCAGUGCAUACUAUGAAGACAAGAGAACAAUCAUUCGAUUUAAUGAAGCAAUAUCUCCCAAUUCUUAUUGAUAGUUUCAGUAAAAUGAUAACAUUAUAGCGAUUUACUACCUUUAAUUUUAAAGUUAAGCCUGGUACACACUGUACUCAAAUAUACCUGCGGGUAUGUCGGCGGCUAUAUUGUCGUUAAGCAGUAAAAGCAGUUCAACCAAAUAAUUCAAUCACAAUGUACGCACAACCGUUGUAUAUAAACAAUAAUAGUGCAGGCAUACCGCAUGCAAGCAUACCAUGGGCAUAUCCAUACCAGGCUUUAGAGGUUAAACAGGCUUUUAGCUUUUAAAUGACACCCCUCGCUUUUACAGAAUUUUGCUAUAAUGCGCCGUUUUCCACCUUCGAGAUUCCUUCCAUUUUUCGAACAUUUACAGCCAAAUGUUUGGUGCCCAUUUGGGAAAUGUAUGUUAUUGUGAGUCCAGUUUGCAAUUACUGAAUGAGCAUCCAGUGUUGUAAAAUGUGUAGUCACUCAAUUUUGAUGUAAAAAGGCGAGUAUAGGUAAAAGUUUAUUUAGAUAAUAUAAACUUGAUGCUUGCACAUGCGUUUGCGCCAUAUUUACACAAGGGACUUCAAUUUAAAUCCCAAAUGUGAAUAAUUUCAAUACUAAGACAAUAAAUAGUUUUACGUGCAAUUCCCAACGGUAGAAAAAUGUGAUUUCGAGAAAGGUAUAUACAGGGUGUCCCAAAAAACCCGAAAACUAUUGAAAUCACCAAUAACAAUUUAAUUGUUAGAAUUUGAAUGCCUUAGCGCUUUGUUGGUUCUCACGAGUGCAUAAAUGAUUGACAUAAGUAAAUUUUAUGCAUAAAGAAACUGUUUAAGAAGCUGUUUUUAAUUCCCAGAAGCAGAAAAUCGCGCACUUUGCCAGGAGAUAUUCCUAACUAAAUUCUAAUACAUGCACCUUGUCAAUAUUUUACGCAUCGUUACGUCCAGAUGUUUGGUAGGGCAUUCAAAUUUAACAAUAAGUGAUUUCAAUAGAUUUCGUUUUUUUGGGACACCCUGUACAGGCUGUCCCAAAAAAAAGUGACACUAUAGAAAUUAUCUCAUUGUUCUUAAGCCGCUCUUAAACGCGCGUGAUUACACGUUUGGGAAUUUAAUCAACUUGUAUUUACAUUUAAGCAUUUUAAAACGUUUUCGCUUUGUGUCCAAAUAUUUUAACGCCCAAGUCAAGCAAAACGAUUACACUAAUAAACGGUUUGCUUUUUUAUUUUAAAUUCCAGAAGCAGAAGUUUAUGCACCUGUGGGAUUUCGUUGCAAUGACGUCCAUAAAAAGCCCCUUGCGUUCAAUUAGCAAUUUAACGAAUUGCUUAAUUAAUUAAGGUGGCUCCCUAGGGUUUUAUUUCAGGGGGUUACGUUCUUCGUAUAUAUGUAAUCUAAAACUCAUGUGACUUCAAAAUACGAAUGAACGUUGUGUUUUAUAUAGAAAUCUUUUUUGAAACAAAAGUGUGAGCUUUGCUUUAGUUGAAAGCAUAAAAAGAGUUCUAAAAGCCCCCAAAAAUACUUGGAUGUGAUGUUUCAAAAGAAGAUAAUGUAAAUUUGUUUUUUUCAAGCGGUAUUCUGGAAGUUUUCUUGAACCGCCGUGACGCCGUACGUGAGGUUCGACCGCAAACAUUGGGACACGAUAUAAAGUUUCCUCAAGAAUUUGCAGUGUUUUCUCUACAAUCUAACAGCACUUAUGACAAUAAAGAUGACUUAAAGUGCUACUGCAGCGAAUUUUUCGACCCUCAUUUUUUUAGCUUAAUUAAAAGUACUUUCCUUCCUGACCUGUUCACCACAAACAGAAUUGAAAUUGGUCAAUUCAAACCGAUUUUAUAGCCUUCCAAAGUGGCCAUUUUUGGCACUUCCUGUGCGAACUUUUGAUCGGCCAUGUUGAUGCCAUGUGACGUCAUAAGAUGAACACGAUUUCAUCAUGGCGUAUUAAAAAUAUAGUAAAACCAACAAACACGGAUACAAAGGCCGUGUUUCUGGCAGUUCUAACUUAGAUUAUUGCACGAAUUCUGAACAGCCUGAAGGAAUACCCAUGCAUCUACUUCCCAACAAAGAAACAGAUCCACAGAGUGGAAGAAAGUCAGUGAAUUUUAUCCGUAAACAUUGACCGCGGGUUUUCACGCAUCUGCGAACCUAGUGUUUUGAUUGAGCCCGUUUUCAAGAUGCGUGCUAUAUCUUAUUUUCAUUAACAAAACCUCGUAAAAUGGAAAGAAUACUGAAGGAAGAAACUGUUUAUACAAUUCACAUGGCUAGAAUUAUUCCCCUGGCUUUACAACUAACAGACGCAAGGCAAAUAAUUCAGGUAUAUAGUGAAGUACAAAUUAAUAUGUUCGCACACAUGGUGAAUAUUUUGCGCAAAUGAUGCUAUAUAGUUAGUCUAAAGUGUUUAACAUUUCUUAUGUUUUAGAUGAUUUGUGGUUGUAAAAAGACUAUCUCCUGUUAAGUUAGUUUCUUGUCCAGAGCAUCUUGUCAAUCUUGAAAUUGAAAUAAAGACAACAAUUCAGCAUGCCUUGACCUAGUUUCGUCAAGACUUCUGAUGACAUUUUGAGAGAAACGAUGCCAUUGGAGUUAUAUUCAGUCAUAUCAAUAAUACAUAUUGCAUAGUAUAAAGUAACAAUAAAUAUAAUAUAUAAUACAAUAGUAUAAUAUUGCACUGGUACGCUGUUAUGUGAGAAAUAUAUUUGUGCACAAAACAUGAGGGAUGCAACUUAACUGGUUACUUUGAAGAUUAAUAUAAUUUCAAAAUAUUACAGUAUAUGUGAUAUUGCACAGUGGCACAAUUUUGACUCAAUGGUUAACUGACUCAGUCACAAUCCAACUAAAGUCGCCCGCUUUUCUGCUCAAACGUAAGGCAGCUGUGUCUUUGUUGUUGGAAAUUAUUUUCUUCUGUUUUCCCAUCCAAGUAAAACUAUAGCCAUCAAUAGAACCACAGCCCGUAAUUGCCUAUCGCUAUCUAUUAAAAACAAAAUCAAAAUCAAAAUCAUUUUGAGUAUUGCGAAUUAUUACUAUUAGGCUAUGAAUAUGCUUGUGUUUAUAAACGUUAUUAUAUUUUUUGUCAUGCACAAUCCAGUUUAUAAUAAAUAUUAAGUUACACACACCAGAUGUGUUCAAACAAUCCGACACAAUACCGAGGCGAGCACAAUACAGUAUAAAUAUACAUGCAAUAAAAAGGUCUACUUACCACUAUUAAAUUUUACAGGUAUUGUUCCAUCGCUUGAUUUCUCCAACACAGUCAUAGAUGGUAGUUGCCUAUCUGCAGCGGCGUUAUAUAAUUUCUCUAUCUAGUGAAGCUGUAUAAAAGCUGUUAGGCAACUGGUUCAUCAUCGUAUUUCAAAGCCGACUUAGCCGAGUAUGGAUUCGUUGACUUCCAGAUGUAGUACUGACCCUAUUAUCUGAAUCUCUAACCGUCAUUUCGCCGUCAAAUAAACAAUAAGAUAUAGCACUUGUUCUUCGAUUUUUAAAAAUCAGUUAUCUGCGCCAUAAACAAGUGAAAUAGACAAAAAUUCCAUUGCAAUAUGUUGACGCGCCAUAUAAUUUACUACAAAUACGACCUUCAUAUCCUCGUUUCCGUUCAUCUUAUGACGUCACACGGCAUCAAUAUGGCGACGGAAAAGUUCGCACGCGAUAACCAACUUCAGAGGUUAAAUUUGGCAACUUCUAAGCAUGGCAUGAUGGUCAAAUAUAUAUGAAAAUGCUUCUAAAAGACUGAAUUUUUAUUUAAGCUAAAAAAAACUAGGUCCAAAAAUUCGCUGCAGUAGCACUUUAAAUAAUGAGCUAUUUCUACGGGUGAAAUGAGAAGGGCCGAAACUCCAAAUAUACCACUAUAAAAACUGAAAUUUGAACGGGCAUUUUGUAAAAACAUCCAUAUAGUACUAAUUCGCACGGGACGAAUUUUGACAAACAUUUUUCAAAUUAAUACCAAGAAGUCAUAACCAGUAAUUGCAAGUGAAGAAAGUAUUAUCUUUUAUGGAAAGUUUUAAAAAAUUUCCCCGAAGGGAAUUUUUAAAAUGUCACGACAUGACAACAUAUUUUUAACACAAAAGUAGCAAUUUGCAAUGUUCAGGGGAAUAUUGACAAUGUGUCCAAUAAAUUUCGUCUUCAUGUCAUCUAAAGUGAAGAAACUGGAGUCUGCUGAAUACUAUACUGUAGUAAAUUAAAAAAACCCUAAGGAGCCACCUUAAGAUGGAGUAAUACGGGCAACAAAAUUUUUGCAACUUGCAACAAAAUCAGAUUUUAACGUAUCUUAAUUUAAAUGUUUACAUAUACAUUACCAAUCACGAUCACAACAUUUGUCAACAUUUCUACAGUAACACGAACUUUGAAGCAAUUUUCUUGCUCGUAUUAACCAAGCUUUACAUUCAUGCUAAAAUUUUUACCGACGAUCAAGAAGGAGCAAUUUAUUUUAAAAAAUAAAUUAGGAUUAAUAAGAGGCAACAUCCAUACCGAAAACUAUGCAACCUAAACGGAAACGAUAAGCAAAGAAAACAACCGCCUUGCUAAGUGUCAAUGCCAAAUUGCCAAUAUAAUCCCAUUUUACUAAGCCGACAUUCUUCAGUUAUCAGCAAAAGCUAGCCAAAUUUUUAUCUCAGUUCACUCUGGUUUCAACGGUCUUCGAGACAACAUAAAAGGAAAAUUUUCCGUACACGAAAAUGCCCGUGGUAUACAUUUUUCUCGGAUAAAUCGAAGCUUCCAAGUCCCGACGUUCAGAACCUGGAAAACGGCUGCUUUCUAUCCACAUCUGAUCCACUUUAAACCGGUGAGUGCGUUUCAUAUUGUCAUUAUACUUAAGCGCGUUAUGUUAUCCACUAAAGUUGCUACGAACAGCAUAAACCUACCAAUGUUCGUCCAUGGUAGAACGUUUUUGGAGCCAUACUACGUGCGCAGUUCGAGUACAUUCCAUGAACUGUUCGGCUUUUCGUUACCCGCAUUUAGUUUACCAACAUAUACUAGCUAUAUUGCGCGACUUUGCUCUCACGAGGCAGUUAUGAAUGAUAUGAAAACGCAGGCCUAAGCCCAUGCAGGGUCAACAUGUGUUAGUUGGUGUCAGGACGAUAAUUUUAUAUAUACAAUAUAAUACCCAUAUAUGUUUGUCAUUUACAAGUAUAAUGUCCACUUCAUCAACAAAAUACCCUGCUUUCAUGAUGAAACAUUUGGCUACAGGCAUAAACAGAGUCGUCCUAUACGUAAACUACACGCUAUAGUCUGAAAUUAUACCCAAAACACACUUUAGGCAGUUAGAUACAUGCCACAUGCUUCUGCGUUCAUCGACCACAAUUUUAUAGUAUAUAGCUAUAUGUACAGUAUAUGCUCAUAUUAAUGUCAUUACCCGCGUACGUAACAUAUUUUGCUUGAAAGCAGCUACAUUUGCGCUCAUUCCUCGAUAUGGCCAGUCAAAUUAUGCCAGUCUGUGGCAGUCUCGCAGAAUACUCUCAUCUUAUAAUCUAACUCCUUGCGGUGAGGCAUAUCCAUGUUUUGUUUUGUUUUCCCCAUGAACCACAUUUGUAAGAUUGUACUGAUAUCAUUUGCCUGAUACCGAAGAGGUAAAUAGACUUCAUUACUCUGUAACUCGAUUUAAGAUACCCUUAAACUGUAGCGCUAGCCAGCUACAAGCCAAUUUGAAGCAUGCAUAGCAAACAAUAUGACGCUAUACAUACAUCUCUAGGUUAUAAUAUAUAUACAUGUACUGCACCAACUACUGUGUCUGUGAGUAGUGUAUGUCACCUAUAAUCAUAUAUCUCAAUCAAGAAUAAAUUUACAAACGAGUAAACAACCACAUAACUUCAGCCACGACACCAUACUCCAUAGUCAUAGAUAUUUUAUAUACACUAGAUAUCUAUGCACGACACGCGCGUAUGGAUUGUUAUCCAAGAUAUACAGAACACCAUGCACACGCAUUAUACAUACAUUAUGCCCUUACUAUACAAUAUCUCGCUAUAUGGUCUACUCUCCAAACCCGGUGAAGACCCAAGAAAUCCAUUAGCCAAAGACUGCCUACAAAAGAUUGCACAACGCAAAAUCCCAAACUCCUGUGUAGACUAUAUAUAAAGGUAUAAAAUUACAAACUGGCAGAGGAAAUACUGCUAGUGAAAGAAUUUAAAGAUCGUCGGUUUCUCACUCGUUCAGGAAUGCUCAUUACAGAUUUUAAUUAACCCCACUGUAGAGGAAACAUUUCCUGCUACACUCGGUAUUUGGACGCGGCAGAGCACAUGAAGCCUCAAUUCGCUGGCGGAGGUUUAUGCAGCUGGGUUAGACGAUUUUAUUACUGACAUUCCGCUUUCAUGGGUUUCCGCAUAUUUCUCUCUGGAAAGAUUGGAAAUUGCGCGGCCGAGAUUUCGAAAAUUUAAUAGUAAAUAUAUAGAAAGCAUCAAAAUUGCCUGCACGUCAUGACGUCAUAUAACUGUAAAAUACAACAUAUAUAUUCUCCUGUACAAAAACCUCAGUCUCACAAAAUAUGUCAACAGCGAUCUUCGCAUUUUAUACCACAAAUCAAAUGACAAGCGCUACAAUAAUUCAAAUACUACAGCAUGACAUCAUGAUCACCUGCAAUAUGUCCUGCAUUCGCAUGGCGUUUUACAAAACCCAGUACUGUACAUAUAGUAGGUACUUGUAUAGCGUACCAAAACGAAAAGGUUUACGGCAUAUUUCACCAGAUCAAGACAAUUCCUAAUACUAUACACUGUUAUUUCCGAGAUGAUUUCCUGUUUUAUGCCAUCGCGCACACACCCCACAUGCAAUUCGAACUAAACAUACUUCACAGUUCACUACAGUAUCACACGCCGAGACAAAGCCAAAUUAAGGGGUAGUUCCACUACAAAUUUAUUCAUCGCGCAUUGCGACAACUAUUAUCGGCCAGCUCAUGAUUACACAGAGCAGUUUUUGCUUUUCUCUGUCUCUCUUUUAGUCAUUCUGUUACAAACGAAGGAAGGACAUGAAGAAGAUCUCAGGAUUUGCGCCAUCUUGGUUUCCGCCUUCCAUCAUCUAUCUGGAUCACGCCUACGUCCUAAUGGCUAUGAACUCUCUACGUAUACAUGAACUAUUUAUGACAUAA